GACUCCCCAGUUCUGCCGGCGAGACAGUCAGUGGAGGGACACGUGGUUAAGUGGAAGCGGAGCCCGCUCGGAGGUUGGGGCUCUUUUGAGCGCGGGCCCGGCGCUCUGCUGUGUUCUCUGCCUGCUCAACAAAGGCUGGAGAGGACAUGCAAAGCCCUAGCAGCCCCCAGGGCCGCUGUUGCCUGUCCCCUCCCUCUUCCCCGGUCAGCGAAGCAAAGAGUGACGGGGCUAGAAACAUGUGGGUGUUCGGAUAUGGCUCUCUCAUCUGGAAGGUGGAUUUUCCUUACGAGGACAAGAUGGUAGGAUACAUCACGGGCUACAGCAGGAGGUUCUGGCAAGGCAGCACGGAUCACCGUGGAGUGCCGGGCAAGCCUGGAAGAGUUGUGACACUUAUUGAAGAUCCUGAGGGCUGUGUAUGGGGUGUUGCAUACAAACUGCCAAUAGGACAAGAAGUUGAAGUAAAAGCCUAUCUUGAUUUUCGAGAGAAGGGUGGAUAUAGGACUACAACUAUUGUCUUCUAUCCCAAAGAUCCUGCAGUGGAACCUUUUAAUGUGCUAUUAUAUAUUGGAACCUGUGAAAACCCUAACUACCUCGGACCCGCACCCCUAGAAGAAAUUGCAAAACAGAUUUUUAAUGCAGUUGGUCCUAGUGGAAGAAAUACAGAAUACCUAUUCGAACUUUGCAAUUCCCUCAGGGAUCUUGUACCAGAAGACGUGGAUGAACAUGUUUUUGCUUUAGAGAAACUGGUAAAUAAACUAUUGGAACAAUAGCAAAACAAACCUGUAUAACAGUCGCUUUGCAAAGAGUUUCUUCACUAUCAGAAUAAGUUUAUUCUGUUUAUAUUGU